AUGCCAGAAACGUCCGUCAUUCAUGUCUCAGACAAGGAAAACGGCAUAGGAGAAGAAAUGGAAGAACGAGGGAAUUUAAUUGACGCUGAACAACAAACACCACUACGCAAAAAGAUUAAGCGUCCGGAAGUAUAUGAUCCUGACCAAGACAAAACCGAAAAACGAGCGAUACGAAAAGAAUAUCGGAGUCUUAUUACCUCUACUGAAGAAAAUCGACAAGAUUAUAUUAAAUCUAAUUCGAAUGGGUUGGUGGAAACUUUAGCAAAAGCGAAUGAUUUAUACAAGAAAGUGAGAAAUACACACGAAGCAAUCCUUGACUCUCGCAUUUUGGUUCUCUCUGCGGAUCUAAGCGUCCAAAAAGCGCGUUGUAUGAAAAUCGACAGCAAUGCUUUUGACACGGAUGAUUAUGUUAACUGGUUAGGCCUUGGUAAGGUUGCUGCACGAUUUACUACUCGUGUCCCCUCGAUGGCCUACAUGCUUGGCCCAUUAUCAAUUGAGCAAAAAGAAAGGGCAAAGGGAAAAUCGCAUGCACGGAUAGAAAAAAACGAAAAAGAUCUCAAAACUCCUAUAAGAGUACGUAAAUCAUUCAGUCAAACAAUUGAAAAUUUGUUCUAUUUGUCUUUCCUGGUGCGUGAUGGCCAAGUAAGCAUUGACGAUGAGGAUGGUCAGCCGAUCAUAACUCGAUGUGAGUCGGCAACUGCGGAAGAUUACGAGAAUGGCUUAAUAAAGAAACAAGUCGUUUUGGAAAUGGAUAUAGCUCUUUGGAAACAACUUAUUGAGGUGUACGAGAUCAAAAAAAGUAUUAUUCCCACUAGAGAAAAGAAAGAAUACACCGCAGGGAAAUGGUAUGGUUGA